AUGGCGACGAUUGAGAUCGCGCCGGAGACGACGGGACACCCCGUGACGCUCCUCGCGUUCGUGUGCCUCAAGGCGGCGCCGGUGGUGAUGUACGUGACGUGCGAAUUGGUGAGCGGUGAUUUCACGAGGAAUUUCAUCGCGUGCGCGGUGGCGCUCGCGAUUGACUUUUGGACGACGAAAAACGUCGCCGGACGUAAGCUCGUGGGGUUGCGGUAUUGGAAUGAGAUCGAUGAGCACACGGGGGAGUCGAAGUGGCGAUUUGAGUCUCGAGAUGAGCGAGGGAUGGCGACGGUGAGCGCGCGCGAGCGCGGGGCGUUUUGGGCCGCCCUGUACGGAGCGACCGCGGGGUGGACGGUUUUGCUCAUCGGCGCCCUGGCGGCGUUCGAGUUCAACUAUGCGCUCGUUCCCGCGCUCGCGGUGACGCUCGCGGUGACGAAUUUGGUCGGGUACGUGAAGUGCAGUAAAGAUCAAAAGGAACAAAUCUCGCAGCUCGCCACGAGCGCGGUGAGUCGAGCGAUGUGGGCCUCCGUCGGACGAUGA